AUGGAGGACGGAAGGCCCGUGUGGGCCCCGCACCCCACAGAGGGGUUUCAGAUGGGCAACAUCGUGGAUAUUGGCCCCGACAGCUUAACUAUUGAGCCCCUUGGCCAAAAAGGCAAGAUAUUUUUGGCUCUCAUAAAUCAAGUGUUCCCUGCAGAAGAGGACAGUAAAAAAGAUGUGGAAGAUAACUGUUCAUUAAUGUAUUUAAAUGAAGCCACACUACUCCAUAACAUCAAAGUUCGAUACAGUAAAGACAGAAUUUAUACCUAUGUGGCCAACAUUCUGAUUGCAGUGAACCCAUACUUUGACAUACCUAAAAUCUAUUCUUCAGAUACAAUAAAGUCGUACCAAGGAAAAUCUCUUGGGACGAUGCCACCCCAUGUGUUUGCAAUUGCUGAUAAGGCUUUUCGAGACAUGAAGGUGCUCAAGAUGAGUCAGUCCAUCAUUGUAUCUGGAGAAUCAGGAGCUGGCAAAACAGAAAAUACAAAAUUUGUUCUAAGAUAUCUGACUGAAUCCUAUGGAACUGGUCAAGAUAUUGAUGAUAGAAUUGUUGAAGCUAAUCCACUCUUAGAAGCUUUUGGAAAUGCAAAGACUGUUCGCAACAAUAAUAGUAGUCGAUUUGGGAAAUUUGUAGAAAUACAUUUCAAUGAAAAGAGUUCAGUUGUUGGAGGAUUUGUUUCACAUUAUCUUCUAGAGAAAUCUAGGAUCUGUGUUCAAGGCAAAGAGGAAAGGAAUUAUCAUAUCUUUUAUAGGUUGUGUGCUGGUGCUUCUGAAGAUAUUAGGGAAAGACUUCAUUUGAGCUCUCCAGAUAAUUUUCGGUAUUUAAACCGAGGCUGCACUAGAUACUUUGCUAACAAAGAAACUGACAAACAGAUUUUACAGAACCGAAAAACUCCUGAGCAUCUUAAGGCAGGUUCCUUGAAAGAUCCUUUGUUGGAUGACCAUGGUGAUUUUAUUAGAAUGUGCACAGCCAUGAAAAAGAUUGGCUUGGAUGAUGAAGAAAAGCUUGAUCUGUUCCGGGUAGUAGCUGGUGUCCUGCACCUUGGGAAUAUUGAUUUUGAGGAAGCUGGCAGCACUUCAGGUGGUUGUAAUCUGAAGAAUAAAUCUACUCAGUCGUUGGAAUAUUGUGCUGAAUUACUGGGUCUGGAUCAAGAUGACCUCCGUGUAAGUUUAACUACAAGAGUCAUGCUGACAACAGCAGGGGGCACCAAAGGAACAGUGAUAAAGGUACCCCUGAAAGUGGAACAGGCAAACAAUGCCCGGGAUGCCUUGGCAAAGACUGUCUAUAGCCAUCUUUUUGAUCACGUGGUAAACAGAGUAAACCAGUGUUUUCCUUUUGAAACAUCAUCCUAUUUUAUUGGAGUCCUGGAUAUUGCUGGGUUUGAGUACUUUGAACAUAACAGUUUUGAACAAUUUUGUAUCAACUAUUGCAAUGAGAAGCUUCAACAAUUUUUUAAUGAAAGGAUUCUGAAGGAGGAACAAGAACUCUAUCAAAAGGAAGGUUUAGGUGUGAAUGAAGUGCAUUAUGUGGACAAUCAGGACUGUAUAGAUUUAAUUGAAGCAAAAUUAGUGGGAAUAUUGGAUAUUUUGGAUGAAGAAAAUCGCCUUCCCCAGCCAAGUGAUCAACACUUCACAUCUGCAGUUCACCAGAAGCACAAAGACCAUUUCCGACUCUCUAUUCCUAGAAAGUCUAAGCUGGCAGUUCACAGGAACAUCCGAGAUGAUGAAGGCUUCAUCAUCAGGCAUUUUGCCGGGGCAGUGUGCUAUGAAACAACUCAGUUUGUGGAAAAAAAUAAUGACGCUUUACAUAUGUCUCUUGAGUCCUUAAUAUGUGAAUCCAGGGAUAAAUUUGUCCGGGAGUUAUUUGAGUCAUCCACAAAUAACAACAAAGACACUAAACAAAAAGCAGGAAAACUUAGCUUCAUCAGCGUGGGAAACAAGUUUAAGACACAGUUAAAUUUGCUUCUGGAUAAACUUCGAAGUACAGGAGCAAGCUUUAUUCGCUGUAUCAAGCCUAAUUUAAAGAUGACAAGCCAUGACUUUGAAGGAGCUCAAAUUCUGUCUCAACUUCAAUGUUCAGGUAUGGUGUCUGUCUUGGACUUGAUGCAAGGCGGUUUCCCAUCACGAGCUUCAUUUCACGAACUCUACAACAUGUAUAAAAAGUAUAUGCCAGAUAAACUUGCAAGAUUAGAUCCAAGACUAUUUUGUAAGGCUCUUUUUAAAGCUUUGGGCUUAAAUGAAGUCGACUACAAGUUUGGGUUAACUAAAGUAUUUUUUAGACCUGGCAAGUUUGCAGAGUUUGAUCAGAUUAUGAAGUCUGACCCUGACCACUUAGCAGAGCUGGUCAAGAGGGUCAACCACUGGCUAAUCUGCAGUCGCUGGAAGAAGGUCCAAUGGUGCUCGCUGUCCGUCAUCAAACUGAAAAACAAAAUAAAAUAUCGAGCUGAAGCCUGCAUUAAAAUGCAGAAAACUAUUCGAAUGUGGCUUUGCAAAAGGAGACACAAACCUCGCAUUGAUGGCCUGGUUAAGGUGGGCACACUGAAAAAACGGCUCCAUAAAUUUAAUGAAGUAGUAAGUGCAUUGAAAGAUGGAAAACCAGAGAUGAAUAAACAGGUCAAGGACCUUGAAAUUUCUAUUGAUGCUUUAAUGGCCAAAAUUAAGUCCACGCUGAUGACAAGGGAACAGAUACAGAAAGAGUAUGAUGCUCUAGUUAAAAGCUCAGAGGUCCUUCUCAGCGCAUUACAGAAGAAAAAGCAGCAGGAGGAAGAAGCAGAAAGGCUGAGGCGCAUUCAAGAAGAAAUGGAAAAAGAAAGAAAAAGACGUGAAGAAGAUGAGCAACGUCGAAGGAAGGAGGAGGAGGAAAGGCGGAUGAAACUUGAGAUGGAAGCAAAGAGAAAACAAGAAGAAGAAGAAAGAAAGAAAAGAGAAGAUGAUGAAAAACGUAUUCAGGCAGAGGUGGAGGCGCAGCUGGCCCGGCAGCGGGAGGAGGAGACCCAGCAGCAGGCGGUUCUGGAGCAGGAGCGCCGGGACCGAGAGCUGGCGCUACGGAUCGCCCGAAGCGAGGCCGAGCUCAUCAGCGACGAGGCGCAGGCCGACCCGGCCGCGCUGCGCAGCUUGGAUUUCCGUCCAGUAACUAAAAUUAAUGGAACAAGACGCACAAUGACACCGGAGCAAAUGGCGAAAGAGAUGUCAGAAAUUUUGACUAGAGGCCCUGCUGUACAAGCCACCAAGGCGGCUGCUGGUACCAAGAAACACGAUCUUAGUAAGUGGAAAUACGCAGAACUCCGAGAUACCAUCAAUACUUCUUGUGAUAUUGAGCUCCUGGCAGCUUGCAGAGAAGAAUUUCAUAGGCGACUAAAAGUGUAUCAUGCUUGGAAAUCCAAGAACAAGAAGAGAAAUACCGAAACAGAACAGCGUGCUCCAAAGUCUGUUACUGAUUAUGAUUUUGCACCAUUUUUGAACAAUUCACCUCAGCAGAACCCGGCAGCCCAGCUCCCUGCCAGGCAGCAGGAGAUCGAGAUGAACCGACAGCAGCGUUUCUUCCGCAUCCCAUUCAUCCGCCCCGCAGACCAGUACAAAGACCCGCAGAACAAGAAGAAAGGCUGGUGGUAUGCCCAUUUUGAUGGACCAUGGAUCGCCCGGCAGAUGGAGCUUCAUCCUGACAAGCCCCCCAUUCUCCUCGUGGCUGGGAAGGAUGACAUGGAGAUGUGUGAGUUGAAUCUUGAAGAGACAGGCCUGACUCGAAAGCGUGGUGCUGAGAUUCUGCCAAGACAGUUCGAAGAAAUCUGGGAGCGCUGUGGAGGCAUCCAGUAUCUCCAGAGUGCAAUCGAGAGCAGGCAGGCCAGACCCACAUAUGCCACGGCCAUGCUGCAGAAUCUGUUAAAGUAG